GGAAAAGUUACACGUGACUGCAUGGAAUGUCUGCCGGCAGAGGGAGAAAACUUAAAAAGUGCUGCUGCAACUGCUGCCACUACUUUGCAAACGCGGAGCGCCUUUCCCAGAAACUUUACGCACAGAAGCGGGAGAAGACCAUGCAGAAGAUUUGGAUCCGAGGCGGGCGAGUUGUGAACGCGGACUGUUCGCAAGUUGCGGAUGUGUACGUGGAGGAUGGGAAAAUCAAAGCGGUGGGGUCGCAUCUCCAGCCGCCAUCCCUAGCAGGCGUCCAGGUGAUAGAUGCCUCCAACAAACUGGUUCUGCCCGGCGGGAUUGAUCCUCACACGCACCUGCAGUUCCCCUUUAUGGGCACGCAGUCGAAAGACGACUUCUAUCAAGGGACAAAGGCUGCUGUAGCAGGAGGCACGACAAUGAUCAUUGACUUUGCGAUACCUCAGAAAGGCUGUUCUCUCAUUGAAGCCUAUGAGAGAUGGAGAAGCUGGGCAGAUCCCAAAGUCUGCUCUGAUUAUGCACUUCAUGUGGCCGUCACGUGGUGGAGCGACAAGGUUAAAGAAGAGAUGAAAAUCCUAGCCCAGGAAAAGGGUGUAAACUCCUUUAAGAUGUUUAUGGCAUAUAAAGGUGUCUAUAUGGUUGGAGAUCUAGAGUUACACUCUGCCUUUUCUCAGUGCAAACAAAUCGGUGCGAUUGCUCAAGUCCAUGCAGAAAAUGGGGAUCUGAUUGCAGAGGGUGCAAAGAAGAUGUUAUCCCUGGGAAUAACUGGUCCAGAAGGGCACCAACUGUGUCGCCCGGAAGAAGUGGAAGCUGAAGCCACGCUGAGAGCAAUCACCAUAGCAAACUCUGUGAACUGCCCUCUCUACGUAGUUCAUGUGAUGAGCAAGUCUGCAGCCACGGUGAUCGCAGAUGCACGGAGGCAAGGAUUGGCUGUAGGGUACCUUCCAUAUUCUUUCGUAUGUUAUUGGCAUUCAUACCAAACCCUGAAAGUACAGGUAAAAGGGAAAGUUGUUUAUGGGGAGCCUAUAGCUGCCGGCCUUGGAACGGAUGGCACUCACUACUGGCAUAAGGAAUGGUCCCAUGCUGCAGCACAUGUCAUGGGCCCACCCCUGAGGCCGGAUCCUGCUACUCCAGACUUCCUGAUGAAUCUUUUGGCAAAUGGUGACUUAACUGUGACAGCGACAGAUAACUGUACCUUUGACAUCUGCCAGAAGGCCUUGGGGAAGGAUGAUUUUACCAAGAUCCCCAAUGGGGUGAAUGGUGUGGAGGACAGGAUGUCGGUUGUGUGGGAAAAAGGAGUGCAUAGUGGCAAAAUGGAUGAAAACAGAUUUGUGGCAGUCACCAGCACGAAUACAGCUAAAAUCUUUAACCUGUACCCAAGGAAAGGGAGAAUAGCUGUGGGCUCUGAUGCUGACAUUGUCAUUUGGGACCCCAAAGCUACAAGGACGAUCUCAGCAAAGACUCACCACCAAGCCAUCGACUUCAACAUAUUUGAAGGCAUGGUCUGCCAUGGGGUAGCAGUGGUGACCAUUUCACGAGGCAAAGUGGUUUACCAAAAUGGCGUGUUCCACGUUGCAGCAGGAGACGGGAGAUACGUUCCCCGUGAGCCAUUCCCUGAAUAUGUCUACAAACGGAUCAGGCAGCGGGAUCAGGUUUGCCAGCCUGUUCCUGUCAAGCGAGCACCAUAUGUGGGCAAAGUGAUUGCAGUUGCUGCUGAGGGAAAAUAAUUCGCACAAUACAGUUCAUCUUUGACAUGUCAAAAAACCAGAUGAAAAUAAUUCUGUUCGCCCUGCUUCUGCAACCUACUCUGGAACCCUAUUAGUCUGCAAUUUUGAUUUCUGUAUGAUGCAGCAGCAUUUUAUCUCAAUUCAUAAAUGACUAUUUUCCUCUACAA